UUCAAGUUAAAUAUUCACAUGGUAACAUCUGGGCUACCCAGGAUAGGAAAAACAGUUGAGCACCGAGCACGACGAUCAUGUGCGCAAGGUAUACAGUAGGUGGCGGUAAUACUCCUAAGCAGUGAACGGCCAUGAAACGGAAAGAAGAAGAAGAAGUAGAGCACGACGACCUGUCUGUCAUGAUCGAAGAAGUAAAGAUGACUUCCAGGGAAAACGAAGGCGCCCCGGUAAGUUUGCUGUUUAUGUACAAUCGGACUCAGGGCUCGACAGAACAGAAGUAUGUUGUUGCUAAUUAUGUUUGGAACACAUAUGCUAUAUAGCUAUGGUUUGUGUGACUCGUCUCCCUAUGUAAGUUAAGUCAGCUAAACAACACGUUAUAGCUAGCAAGAUAACUUUAGAGCUCAACGGUGGCCGCCCACUUUUUGGCUGAAAGCUACAUUAACGUUCAUAAAAAGGUUUAAGCCUCACAUAAAGUAUAACGUAACGUUACAGCGGGGUAUUUGUGUGAUAUAAACAGCUGUUUAUGCAGAUUACACUUUAGCUUUAACAUCAGUCGUAUGGUCAGUGGGUUUAAAACUUUUUCUCGUGAUGUUAUUUUGUAUUUUCUGUAUGAUAUUUGUGUUGACAGGGUACUAGUCAUGCUGAGCUGUUACGAUCAGCCAGGCACUUAAUGUCCUUAUUGACCGAAUCUGAAAGGGGAGGAGGUGCAGCCAGUAGUGAUGUUCCUUGCAGCAGUCAGGAUAUAAGGGAACGGAGGCAAAUAGGCCAAAAUGAGAGGUCUGGCAAUCAGCCACCAAGACCUUCUAUUCAGAUGGAAUUGACAAGGUCGUUUCCAGGUAUGUUCACUAAGGGAAAAGGGAAGAGGUGUUUUCCGCCAGUGAGUCUUGUUCCUGCUAAAAGGCCUAAACCAGUAGAAGUUGCUUUCCACCUUUUUCCAAAACAAUAUGAAAAAACCCCAAAAGAACAAGACCAACUAGUCCACUUGCAGGCAGGACUGGGCCGCAGGACUGUUUAUUUAGAUGAGAGCACAACACAUGAUGAGCAAACACUGCUGUUACACAUCUCUUUGAUGGACAGCCAGGCCAUUUAGUGCCCUCAGCCUCUCACUUUCUCGUGGAAAGUGACAUGUUCGUCAUGGCAGGCAGAAUGGUGGGGCACUCCUUUGUUCAUGGAGGACCAUGCCUGUCAGGGCUUAGCCCUGCUGUUGUGCAUGUCCUGUUUGGAGGAAGCCCGGAAACUGCAACAGUAACACCAGAGGACUGUCCAGACCUAGACAUCCGUGAAACAAUCAGGCUUCUUGAAGGGGAAUCUGAACUCUCAGACAAGGACAAAACAAGUGUCCAGGAGUUGGCCUACGCUUGGGAUCUCCCUGGCCUUACUGGAAAUAACCGAAGAUGGCUUUUUGAGAAGAUGUUGAUCCAUGCUGUAAUUGGACGUGUCACACGACAAAUCAAACAAUUCAGGCGUGGUCUUAAAGAGACACCAAUGUGGACAUUGCUGACCAAACGACCUGACACAGUGGCCCAGCUUUUUCCGCAGGAGAGAGCAGUGGAUUGUAACCCUGCUAUAAUCCUGCAGCACAUCACCUGGCCUCAUGAAGAUGACGACGACGAUUAUUCACUUGACACAAAAUGCUGCAUAUCAGGUUAUCUUCGCCACUUCAUUGAAAAUGCAUCACCUGAUGAAUUGACUGACCUGUUGAAAUUCUGGACAGGAUGGGAGAUUAUGCCAAGGAAUAACCUAUCCAUUGAGGUGGUUAAAGGCAGCUUCCCAACAGCCUCCACCUGUUUUGAGACCCUGCGAAUCCCAGGACAUUACAAGGACUAUGCAUCCUUUAAAAAUGACAUCCUGGCUUGUAUUGGCACUUGCCAAACAGGAUUUCGUCUUGUGUAGGGACAAAGCAGUGGUGAAUAACGUUACUGUUACUGAAUAACGUUAAUGUUAAAUGUUUAAAUGAUUGCAUAUUAAUAUGCUAAAUUACGAAUACAAAGUUCAUUAUGUUUUUUGAUGGACAAUUAUAUUAA